AUGCGAGUACAAGUGCCUGUUUCUUUUUUUUCUGUUUGCAAUAAUAAAAAUUUUGAUAUGAAUAACAAUAACAACACAAGAAAAAUAGGAACUAGCAUAUAUUAUAUUAUUCACGUCUCUUUAAGAAUUGUAAACUCGCUCUUCUUCUUCAAUUUGUCAAUAAUAUUCUUAAAAGGUGAGUUUCUCAUAAGUUUGAGCGUUGUACUUAGAGAAAAAAGGGAUCUGUACGACUUUGUAUAUUUUUUAAAUACAAGAAUCCAUAGCAACAUGCUACAGUCGAACAACAAACAAACAUCGACAAGCAACGGUGUCUCACAAGGCGCGUCGCAAUGCCGAAAUGAUAAAGCAUAUUUCGCAGAUAAUGAAGAAGGUGAAACCGAUGGCAUAAGGGCGCAUAGGUGGCUCUUCUCCAGAAGAGUACCAAUCAUUUUGUUUUUUGUUGUUGCUUGCAUCUGCUUAACGCAUACGGAUGACUUCAACACACAAGAACAGCCCUUGGCCAAAGUGCAUAACAGAGUCGCGCGCAGUUUAGCAAAGGUAAAAUCACUUUCAUCAGAAAAUGGGCUUGAAUUACAUCCGAUGGCAUUCGAACACUAUGACGGUGCCUACGACGAUGUGGAACAACCUUAUGAAGAAGACUAUGCAUGUUCCCCGAAACGCAUAUAUUCUGACGCACAAUGGGAGGAUGAGGAAGAUGGAACUAUACUAAAAGCAUGGAAAAUGGUGGAGUACCAGGUACCACAACAAGUCCAUUAUGAAAGAAAGUGGAAAAUAGAACAUGAUGCAAGGGAAAAAAAAGUCCAUAAAGGAGACAACUUAUCUGCCGCUAUGGCAGUCGCCGAGGCAGUUGCAACGUCUAGAACAUCCGUGUCGAAGGUUGGAUCAGGGUCCUCAUUGCCACCAUCCCCGCAAAAUGCAAAACAAAGUGCAAAAACGAAACAGGAAUCUAAAGGACCUUCGGAUACAGGAAGGAGCGGAAGCACCGGAAGCACUGCAAGCACCGCAAGCAUCGGAAGCACAAUGAACGGGAGGCAGAAUGAAGUCGUUAACAUCAAAACCGGAAGAGACUUUAGUAGACGGAAAUUGGCUAAAUAUAUUAUAUAUAGGUGGAAUGGGUAUACUCAGUAUGUCCUCACUUCUGACAUUCCGGUGCUGCUACCGAAGGCGAAGGCAAAAGUGCCAAAGAAAGUUGUGAAAGACCAAAAUUGCAUCAAAACAAGAGCACAAACCCGAGGUACUCCGGAUAAAUCCAGAGAUACCCCGAGAAACCGAAAGCAACUAACAAAGCAUAACUUCCUGUAUUGCACUUCUGGGUAG